GAUUGGUCGAUUUGCUUGACUGUUGCUCAAUUGUUCAAUGUGUGGGUGAUACGCAUGCGGUUGGCGAGCACCGGUUUGAAAAGAGAGGUUCGAAACGAGCUGCUGACGUCUGAGUGGAGAGGUUAUGUUGGUGGCAGAUGCGCAGCGGGCGUUGCUUCUUCCCCCUGAGAAAUACGAGGAAACGUGUUUUAUCGAGGUAUACAUCGCGUAACGUACGCUCCUAGGAUUCUCGGUCGGGACGAAAAGGAAAAAAGAAGUUCUAGCAGCGUGACGACGAAGCAAUGUCGUCGCGACGCGCAUUCGUCAAUUGUGACCUCGAAGAAGGCUAAACGUCAGAAAUUAUAUAAUCCUUUUUACUUCCUGAAGUCAACAGAUGCAAUCAUGUAGAGUUUAGAAGCAAAAAAGGGGAAAAUGACGCCACAUUUUACAACGCUGACUCCAGUGCGAAAGCGAUGUCUAAUCGUGCUGCUACUAGUCUUGGUUCCAUGUGCGAUUCUGAAUCUGCUGACGCCCUCGGACAUGCGUGAGGAGGCUAUACUACAGAACAACAUUGCUGAACUACAGGCCAAGCUGGAGCAUUUGCAUGCAAAAUAUAUUGGUAGUCAGGAGGAAAUAAACUUGCUGUCGCAUCAGUUACUGCAAUUGAUCGAGAGCAAUCACAUUCUCCCAGAUCUGCAACUGCUUAUCAACAAUGGCACCUCCAAUGUCACCAGCAUCAAGCUGCCUUCAAUUUACAAUUUUCUACCACAUUUUCUCAAUGACCCGAAUAGUCUGCGUCCUGCAUUUGUACAGAGCAAAGGUAGAUCAGGAGUGAGCAUGGUGUUGGGAGUACCAACGGUAAAACGCGAGGUUCAGUCUUAUUUAAUGGCAACUUUGAAAAAUUUGUUGGAUCGUAUGAACACAGCAGAAAUCGCUGACACUUUAAUCAUCGUUUUAGUGGCCGAAACAGAUAUUGAUUAUGUGACAUAUGUUGCAAAGCAAAUUGAAGUUCAAUUUCCGAAUGAAUGCGAAACUGGCGUGAUCGAUGUAAUAUCACCAUCAUCAUCCUAUUAUCCAGAUUUAUCAAAAUUACGCGACACUCUCGGCGACGAUCAUCAACGUGUUGUGUGGCGGUCCAAACAGAAUCUAGAUUUUGCUUUCCUCAUGUCUUAUGCGCAGACUAAAGGCACAUUCUAUGUGCAAUUAGAAGAUGAUAUUUUGGCUAAGAAGAACUUUGUAACUACUAUGAAAUCUUUUGCGUUGCAAAAGAUUGGCACAAAGGAAAAUUGGUUUGUCCUUGAUUUCUGUCAACUUGGUUUUAUUGGAAAACUGUUUAAAUGUGUGGAACUUCCCUGGCUGAUUCAAUUUUUUUUAAUGUUCCAUAAUGAUAAACCCGUUGAUUGGCUAUUAGACCAUUUGAUUUCGACAAGAGUCUGCAGUCUUGAUAAAGAUAGCAAACAUUGCAAGAUGGCUAAAGCAGAAUUGUGGGUGCAUUACAAACCUUCUCUCUUUCAACACAUAGGAACACAUUCUUCCUUGAAAGGAAAAGUCCAAAAACUCAAGGACAAACAAUUUGGCAAGAUAACGCUAUUUUAUCCUCACGAGAAUCCUGAUGCAACUGUAGAAACUCAGAUCAAGCCUUACAAACAAUAUACACUACAAAAAGCAUACAAAGGCGAGACAUUCUUUUGGGGCUUGCUACCUCAGCCAGGAGACCAUUUAAAGUUUAAAUUUUCACACCCUAUUUUUAUAAAGAAGUACUUAUUCAGGAGUGGAAAUCCUGAACAUCCGUCUGAUAGGUUUUAUAAUACGACGGUGGAAGUAUUGUCUGAGAUGUCUCCGUUGUUGGACAGAAACAGCAACGAUGUGACGGAAGAUGGUUAUAUUAUUAUAGGUAAGUUUGAUGUACUUGGUGUUGCUGAAGGAAACGUAGAUCGAAAACUGGGUAAGGUGUCGGUGCUUCGUUUAACUAUACACAGUGAAAGCGAAAACUGGGCCAUUUUGUCUGAGAUUCAUAUAAUAGAGGAUCAGCCUAGAUGACUAAAGGACGAAGAUUCUCGAGUGCUCUUUCGGUACCACUUGCACGGUUAGCGUAAGCGACUGAUUUUAUAAGUGUUUAUUAAUAAAUUCUAUAUUUUUUAUUUUUCUGUCAUGUGUUAUAUGUAUAUUGAGUACAUUAGUUUAUUAAUUUAAUGCCGUCCAUUACAAAGAGAUAAAUAUGUUUUAACAAAUAUGUUUAACAUGAGAUUGAAGCCGACUUUCAGAUUUUCGGUCGUACAUUUUAUAUGAAUCCCUUUUUUAGUACAUGGUGUUAAAAUGCAAAAAUCAGAUCGUAAUGUAAUGAAAUUGCCUCCGAUGUUUACAUUUUUGUAAAUAUCCGAUUUUUUAGUAUAUACAAUGGCACAUUGUGUCGAGUUUGGAAUUAUACAGCAUAAGUGUUUUUCUUGCUUUCUGUAAGAUCAUGUUUUAGUUUGAGAAAUUAACUGAUCUGUACCUGUUGUCCACGUGUUUCGAUUCGCUCUCGAUGUUCGCUACUAAUUUCACUCGCGUGUAAAUCUUUCGUACAUACACAAAGAUUUCACAUUCAAGUAAAUGUGAAUCCUUCACAUUGUUAUAUUAUUGUCAAACGCGCGACGUGAGAAUGUUGAUUCAAAGGCUUGUUCGACAAAACGAGCGGUGAUAUGAAGACUAUAUUCUUCUAAUGUACGAAUAAUUAUUUAUUUCGCGUAGCUUUCUUUAUAUGUGUAUAUAUACUGUCUCUGUAUACUCCUAUACAUAUAUCGAUUAUAAUAAAAAUAUAUUUUUGUGACAAA